AGAAGAACAAACUGCUGUCCGAAAGGGACAAACAACCUAGGACCGUCCUUUAAACUUCCCUCCUUCGGGGCAGUGUUCAUUCCCAUUCCCUAGUACCCACAAUUGAGUUCAAAAAUGGCAUUGUACCGCCGUCUUUCUCGAACUUCUCGUGUCCUCCGGCGGCACCCUCCCCCCUCUAUCGCUGCCGUCUACUCUCCCCGCGAUCAAACAAACCCUAGCCCAACUGCUCCUCAUUCUCUGUUAAUUAACCCCUUUCAAUCUUCUUCUUCUGAUCAUUAUAUACCCAACUCCAAUUUUGAGAAAUCGUUGACAUAUUAUUACUCUCCACAUUCUUCAAGAAUUGAACUUUCAGGGUACCGUCAAGUUCUUCACUUUUCAACCUUAGCUAAUUCAGAAGAAGAGAAGAAGCAUGAGCAACAAAAGCAUUCUUGGAUUGAUACGUAUUUGCCCCAAAUAAUUAGACCCUAUGCUCAUCUUGCCCGACUUGAUAAGCCCAUUGGCACUUGGUUACUCGCUUGGCCCUGCAUGUGGUCGAUUGCUUUGGCUGCUACGCCAGGGAGCCUUCCUGAUGUGAAAAUGAUGACACUAUUUGGUUGCGGGGCUUUGCUUUUGCGAGGUGCUGGUUGUACAGUGAACGAUCUUCUUGAUCGAGACAUUGACACUAAGGUGGAAAGAACAAGGUCGAGGCCAGUCGCGAGUGGUGUAUUGACACCCUUUCAAGGGCUCUGUUUCCUUGGGUUCCAGUUGCUAUUAGGUCUUGGGAUUCUUUUGCAAUUAAAUAAUUUUAGCCGCAUUUUGGGUGCUUCAUCCCUGUUGUUGGUCUUCUCAUACCCCCUCAUGAAGAGGGUGACAUUUUGGCCUCAAGCCUAUCUUGGUCUAACUUUCAACUGGGGAGCGUUGUUAGGUUGGGCUGCUAUUAAAGGAAGUAUUGAUCCUGCAGUUGUGCUUCCACUGUAUGCCUCUGGGGUGUUUUGGACGCUCGUGUAUGACACAAUAUAUGCACAUCAGGAUAAAGAAGACGAUCUCAAAGUGGGUGUCAAGUCUACAGCCUUGAGAUUUGGAGAUUCCACAAAAGAAUGGAUCAGUGUUUUUGGAUUAGCAUGCAUCAGCAGUCUUGCUCUUUCUGGAGUUAAUGCUGAUAUUGGAUGGCCAUACUAUGCAUUUCUGACAGCUGCUUCUGGCCAGUUGGCUUGGCAAAUUUGGACCGUUGACCUAUCAUCUCGUGCAGAUUGCAACAGAAAAUUUGUGUCCAACAAAUGGUUUGGUGCUUUUGUCUUUGGCGGGGUUCUAUUUGGAAGACUAUUGUGACUGUGAUAAAGAACAAAGCUUACUGUACAACUAGAGAUGUAUCCUUUGACCAGGUUGUGUCGUGGGAGCUCGAUUUUGGAGCGUGCAACGAAUCUCCAGCUGGGUGCCCAAAUAUUUAUUUCUUUCCUCGUCCGGAGUUGCAUUUGGGUUUACAAGAAACAUCUGCAGGAUUUGUCACUGAUUAUUUUGCAGAUUUUCUGACAGCCAUUUGUUUGGAGAUACGGCAAUAAAGUUUCCCCCUAGGGUUGCAGCCAUAUAGCAUCUCUGUUUUUCCUUCCCCUUUAUAGUUUAUUCUGUACUUCCUAGCCAUCAUGAUAGGUAUAUGGGAAAGGUAAUAGAUGCUAGCUCUCUUUGGAAGUUCAAAGCUGUAUCACCUAGGUCAGAGAAAUCUCUAAAUACAGUAAUGUCAACUUGUAUUUGUUGGCCAAUUGAGUUCCAUUUUCAAUCAGGGUAUUUGAUUGCGUAAAUGUUACAUUGAAGACAUGCUCUUUAUUUUUAUUUUUCUCCCUAAAGACAGAGACUUUCUUUUUAAUGUAAUCAUUAAAUAGUUUUGGCUGCU